UCUCAACAGAAAUGAAACCAAAUACAAUGGAGAAGCUUCUCCUUUUCAUUACUUUCUUUUCAUCGUAUUUUACUGCACUGAGCUUCGGAAAAAAUCAAAUCGAAGCUCUUUCCCAUCUUUAUGAGGCCAAGCUAAGGAGCAAUUCGACCAUCGACAAAAGUCAUUUCAUUGCAAGUCAUAAUUUUCUUGGCACAGAAGUCAAUCCUCAGAAUGAGAUGAAAGAAAGGGAUAGGAUUGAGAAAUUGCCAGGACAGCCACCCGUUCGAUUCAAACAGUACGGUGGAUAUGUUACAGUGAAUCAAAAGGCUGGCAGAGCAUUUUAUUAUUAUUUUGCAGAGGCUCAGCACUCUAAAGAAUCUCUGCCUCUUCUUCUUUGGCUCAAUGGAGGCCCUGGUUGUUCUUCUCUUGCCUAUGGAGCAAUGCAAGAGCUAGGACCAUUCCGUGUUAAAAGCGACGGCAAAACCUUGUUCAAAAAUAAAUAUGCAUGGAACUAUGCAGCAAAUUUGUUAUUUUUGGAGUCUCCUGCCGGGGUUGGGUUCUCAUAUUCAAACACGACGUCAGAUUAUGAGAAGAGUGGAGAUCGAAUAACAGCCAAUGAUAAUUAUAUUUUCUUACUGAAUUGGCUAGAGAGAUUUCCCGAGUACAAAAACAGGGAUUUUUACAUUUCUGGAGAGAGCUAUGCUGGUCAUUACGUGCCUCAAUUGGCUCAUACCAUUCUUUACAAUAACAAGAAGGUCAACAAGAACGUUAUUAAUCUCAAAGGAAUAAUUAUUGGAAAUGCUGUAAUCAAUGACGAGACAGAUAGGAGAGGGAUGUAUGAUUAUUUUGCAAGCCAUGCAUUAAUAUCCGAUGGGACUUGGAAUAAAAUCCAAAAAUACUGCAAUUUCACCGCCGAUUCCUCUGAAGAUUCUGAUGAAUGCACUGAUGCAACUACUGAAGCAAAGAGAAAUGUAAAUAGUAUCGACAUCUACAAUAUCUAUGCUCCCUUGUGCUCUAAUACCAGUCUUACUGACAAGCCCAAAAAGGCUUCGAUUGAAAAUAUGGAUCCAUGCAGUGAAUAUUAUGUGUAUGCUUACAUGAAUCGGCCUGAUGUUCAAGAGGCACUCCAUGCCAAUGUUACCAAAUUAGAUCAUGAUUGGGAACCAUGCAGUGAUGUCAUAAAGGAUUGGGGAGAUAGUCCAUCGACAAUUCUUCCUCUACUAAGAGAGUUCAUGGCUAAUAGACUUCGAGUGUGGAUAUUUAGUGGUGAUACGGAUGGAAGAGUACCAGUAACUUCAACGAAGUAUUCCAUUAAUAAGAUGAAACUUGAAGAAACAACUAUGUGGCGUCCUUGGUUCCUAAGUGGAGAGGUUGGUGGGUAUACACAAGUUUAUAAAGGAAACAUAACAUUUGCCACAAUUCGAGGGGCAGGGCAUCAAGUCCCCAGUUACCAACCUGCUAGAGCUCUUUCGCUGAUUAAGCACUUCCUUGGUGGAACUGACCUCAAUUCUUCUAGACAAUAAUGAAAUCCAUGAUUGUUCAAUGCAAUAUGUAAUGAAAACUUUGGCUCCAUCUGUUCAAUUCUUUCAACCAAAAUAAUGAAAUCCAUGAUUGUUCAACGAAAUAUGUAGUGAAAACUUUGGCUCCA